UUAUACCAAAAGAAAAAAAGAAAAAAGAAGGCUUUACGUCUCAAACCUUCCAAAGUCAAAAGAGUAAAGAUUUAUAAGAUUUUAUCAAAACCAAUUUUCUUUUAUCCAAAUUGUCACGAAUCCCGAAAAAUGGGUUAUCCAAUUCAAUCCGAUAUUCGAUCGGCGAUACAAAUCGCCGCCGUCUUCCGCCACCACAACAACCACUACCACCACCUCACUAAUCACCGCCGGUUACUUCCUCCCGCCGUCAUUUCCUACCGCAACUCUCCGAACUGCUGCUUCACGGUGAACUCCGCCUUGAAGCUCAGAGCUUUCUCUAUCAAUGAUAGCGAUACUACAGUCCAGAAGGUUUCUAAUAAGCCAUCGUUAUGCACUGCCGACGAACUCCACUACGUAUCUGUUAAUAAUUCCGAUUGGAAACUUGCUCUCUGGCGCUACAUUCCUCCUCCUCAGGCUCCAAAGAGAAAUCAUCCCCUGCUUCUCUUGUCUGGCGUGGGGACUAAUGCUAUUGGAUAUGAUCUUGCUCCUGGGUCAUCUUUCGCCCGGUACAUGUCAGGGGAAGGAUUCGACACUUGGGUUCUUGAACUUCGAGGAGCUGGGUUGAGUGUGCAGGAGUCAGAUUCGACAAACAUUGAGAAGACUGCGAAUGCAGUCUCAGAACAGAUGGAAGCUGCCGCUGAUAAUGCUACUGACAAAGUUCUUUCUGCAGCACAGCAGUCAACAGAUGCCCAGAGUACCUUAGAAGAGUCUGACAUAGCUGUGGUCAAAGAAGAACCCACAGCUAUUGCAACAAUGUGGGAUGAGUCUAGAGUAGUGAACCAGCUUACGGAAACAUUUAUGCUCUUGUCAGAAAGAGUCUCUGGCUUCCUCAAUGAAAGCCAGUCAAGGAUUAUGUCUGCUAAACUAUUUGAUCAAAUAUCAAAAUUAUUAGAGGAUUCCUUUCUUUAUGAAAGCUUUAAUGAGACAAGGGGGAAGUUGUUAAGUCUGCUGGAGACAAGGCAAAACUCUGCUGUUGCUGACCAAGUAAAGGAUCUUAGCCAAAAGCUAGUAAAUAUCAUUGAAGAAGGUCAACGUUCUGUUUCUCCGUUAGUUGAUCUGCAUGAACGUCUAACUACUACCAUAGAAGAUUUCCAGAAACAGCUUGACUUGAUUGUCAAGUAUGAUUGGGACUUUGAUCAUUACCUCGAAGAGGAUGUUCCUGCUGCGAUGGAAUACAUUAAGGCCCAAACUGCACCAAAAGAUGGUAAACUUCUUGCCAUUGGACAUUCUAUGGGAGGAAUAUUGCUGUAUGCUAGGCUAUCACAGUGUGGAUUGGAAGAGAGAGAGCCUGGAUUAACUGCUGUUGUAACUUUGGCUUCAUCACUGGAUUACACAUCUUCGAAGUCUGCACUCAGACUGCUCCUGCCCCUUGCUGAUCCUGCGCAGGCUCUCAAUGUACCUGUUGUACCUUUAGGAGCAUUACUCGCUGCAGCUUAUCCUCUUUCUUCUCGCCCUCCUUAUGUGUUGUCUUGGCUUAAUGAUUUAAUAUCAGCUGCAGAUAUGAUGCACCCAGAGUUGCUGAAAAAGCUCGUAUUAAAUAACUUCUGUACUAUUCCUGCUAAACUUAUUUUGCAGUUGACUACAGCUUUUCGAGAAGGGGGACUCCGUGACAGAAGUGGUAAAAUAUUCUACAAGGAUAAUCUUCACAAAAGCAAUGUACCCGUGUUGGCUGUUGCUGGAGAUAAAGACAUAAUCUGCCCACCAGAAGCAGUGUACGAAACUGCAAAGUUCAUCCCCGAGCACUUGGUCACCUACAAAGUAUUUGGAGAUGCUAAUGGUCAGCAUUAUGCUCAUUAUGACUUGGUGGGAGGACGCAUGGCUGCAGAACAUUUAUAUCCUUGUAUAAUCCAAUUUUUAAGCCGUUAUGAUGAUAUUAGCUAGUGCCUGUAUUCUACUUUUGACCAUUCUUUGGGCAGCGAGCUCCAUACGCUUGUCCUGCUCAUUCGUCACUUGUCUCCAGGGAUGCUUGUUAAAAGCGAGUGUUCCAUCGACUUCGACUCAACCUCAACUCUAGCCAGUGUCCAGCACAUCAGGUUCCAGGGUGAGCUAUUCAUUUUAGCUCGAUUGGAUUCUCUCGGGCAUGUCAUGAUGUCCUUAGUUUUCGGACAAAUUAUGUUGUUUAUUUAUUCUGGUGUUUGAUAUUUUUAGUCUUAGUAGUUUAGAAUUAAAUGUCCUUGAAGUGAUGACUUUCAGGUUUUGGGAAGAUGUACCUAAUAGACUUUAGUGGUUUUAUUAUCUCUUACUCUCAUAAAUUGAGCUUCCGCGUUAUUAUCAUA